AUGGCGAAGCUGGAGAUCUGUACCGGGCUUCUUGUAUUUCUUGUGAUGUUCUUAGCAGGGCUGUCUUCUCAGACUCAUGGAUUAACAAUUGAUCCUAAUGUGAGGCAGCUUGUGGUGGUAGAAGGCAGCAGGCAAACCCUGGACUGUUAUGUUACCGUAGAACAACCGAUAUCUCCUAAACUCAUUAACUGGACAGGCCCACCAAAUGCUAACUUUGAAACGCACACGGAGACAGACAACAAACUCACCUAUCACACAGUCCUGACCAUUAAUUCCUUUGAAGAAAGGUACGCAGGCACAUACACCUGCGCUUUUUACGCUUCUGAUGGAAAGAGGGAAGCCGCCAUCAGCCUAGUGACAACAAUAGAGGACAAGAUUGAAGGAGAGUUCUUUUUUGGCAACAAGUCAGCUAUUUUGCAGUGCACCUUGAGCUUCACAGAUUUAGAAUUGAAGGCGACUUUCAAGGAGUGGCUGAAAGAUAAUGUUUCAGUAUCACAUCUGAUCAAUCAUGAGCAGUUCCACGAUCAAGGCAAUGGGACUCUUAUUAUAUCCAACCCAAAACGGUCAGACUCUGGCUUGUACAUUGCUCAUUAUGAGGUGGCUGGAAAGGAUUUGGAAUCCACCCACGACUGUGAGGUAGUAUAUUCAGCUGCACCACUUGUUCUAGACAUGGCAAAGUCAAAGAACGUCAUCGAAGGUGACACUCUUCAUCUGGAGUGUUUGGUCAAAGGCUACCCUCCAGCAAACAUCACCUGGCUGAAGAACGAUGACAUCAUUGUGGUGAACCGCAGCCAGAUGGACCGCGGCCGGAUCAUAACAGAGCCCUAUAAUAACUUUAACGAUGCCAGGUUGAUCAUCAAGUCAACAACAGAUGCUGAUGCUGGUAAUUACACAUGUCUAGCUACAGACAGAAAUGGCCGAACCUCUGCCAAAUUCAUCAGAGUUCGAGUAAAAGAUCGCUUGGAAUGGCUGUGGCCUGUGGUUGGUAUCCUGUGUGAGGCUGUUGCGUUAGCCAUUGUCAUAUUUGCCUGCAGCAAGAUCAAGAAGGAUGAUGUCGAUAAACCUGCAGAUGAAAGAGAAGGACUUCUCCGACAAGGAUCGGCCCGCAACAGAGACCAGGAUAAACACGACUAA